AUCUUAUUGUCUCACAGCAAUUCGACUCUUGUUCCCCUUCAGCCGGCUUCCAGAUAAUUCUUUCGAAUUUCGUUCCUUAACUCCAGGCGAACCUAGCACACAGAUAUACUCAGCUCGAUGCCAACCCAUGAUGGCAUCUGCUAGCGAAGAAUCACCUCGGAUAACUGUCGAGAUCGUUUUCGACCGGUUGUCUCAUUCUUUCUCUCAGCCAUCUCCUCCAAUACUCACACUCACGCUCACUUCACACGCCAAGACUCCGCUGACGCUCUUCACGUGGGGAACUCCAUUUUCCCUCCCCCGUGCUUUAACGAGCAAUGGCUUUGUGAUCACCGAUACCAGCUCUGGACAAAAUGUCAAGACAUCACUCAUGCAAGUACAACGCACGCCACUGAAGCGUACAAGAGGAAGUCCAGAUGAACAAUAUUUCCUUACUCUCCAACCGGAGUCUCCUGUACAUCUAUCAACAGGCUUUGGUCGGGGCGGAGGAGGCGUCAAGCCGCAGCCAAAGUCAGUUGUUGAACGAGGCCUCGAGGUUGAUGCAAAUGGUAACGAGGUCAACCUGAGGCGAUCAAAAUCAGCUACUGGUGUGGAUGGCUUGGAACCCGGUCGGAAAUACGAGAUAGGAUUGAACACAGAUCUCCUAGACAUCAUCAGGUGGGCUCCAGCUGAAAAAGAAGAUAUCCUGGUGGAAGGAACCGGAGAAGGGUCAUAUGUGCAAGAUUACGAGUGGAACAAGGGCUCACUCAACUUCAGUGUGCGGCAAUCUACGCUGAGUGUAGAGACAUAG